UGCUAGGUUCCGCCUCGCGUCCUGACGAGUGGCCACAGUAAAGUUCCAGAGCCUCGGGGCGGAGCCGGGGUCGAUCCAAUCCCCCUCUAUUUGCUUGAGCAUCCCUGGUUGUCACCUUUCCUCACCAGAAGUGAGAGGAUAUUUCAGAUCCCUGCCCCUCCCUCCGCAAGGACGACCCUCUGAGCGCCUCUGCUGGUGUCCUGACGCCUGCAUCCAGGCCGCCUUUCGGAAAGUGACAGAAGAGCUGCCCGGCGGGCGAGGCAAAGAGGGAAAGUAGCCGGCCAUGUCGAGCAAGUUGAGGCCCGAAAGCCUGUUGAACCCACACAACGCACCGGGCGCUUUUCUGUUUUCUGUGAACAUUUGUUGAGCCUCUUGGAUGUAUAAUCAGAUGUGGCAUCAGACCCAAGAAGCCCUCAAUUCUUUGCUUGAUAAAGAGUCUCAGAAGCUAAUAGAACCACAGAGAAAUCCAGUUUUCAUCUUCCAGACGUUAGCCACCUUCUACAUAAAAUAUGUGCAGAUCUUCAGAAACCUGGAGAAUGUCUAUGACCAGAUCGUCCAUCCGCAGAAACGAAUACUGAUUCGAAAAAUACUGGAUGGAGUGAUGGGUCGCAUUCUGGAACUGAAGAAUGAAAUGGUUGAACUGGAAUUAAGUGAGUUCCAAUAUUUUGAUGACAUCUUACAGGACCUGAAGUUGGCCCCCCAACAAUUAGAUAUUCCCAUUCCCAAAUAUUUUUUGAAGGAGAAAUUGGACAUAAUAAAAGGAAGAGAGAGAAUCCUUUCUCAAAUAUUAGCCGACACGGAACUGGGACUCUCUGACAAGACACGCCCUGUAAAGGGUCUCUCCCUAGAAGAGGCUGUUAAAUUAAUCCAGAUCGCAGAGAGGGCACGGCAGGGUCGCCUGAGAGCAAUGUUCAUGAAGCAGAUCUUCCUUCAAGAACACAGAGCCAGGCACGCCAAGGCUCUCGGCGACAGAAUAGCAGAUGUCGGGGCAUCUGCACUGCGCAUUCAGAAGGUUUGGCGAUCUUUCCACCAAUGCAAGAAAACCGAACGACAGAGAGAAGAAGAAAUGAUAUUCCUGGGUAUGAAUCCACCUCAUAUGUUUAACGAAGUCAGUGCUGCCAUAACCCAGGCUGAAAAGGUGACCUGCCUGCGGAAUGAGGUGCAGAUAAAGCAUGAAGAGGACUACAGAGAAGCCUUGGUUACAAUCAAGGAUGACCUGAAGUUAACAGAAGGUCCCGACAUCAAGGAGAACCUUCAAGACCAGAUCCGGCACUGGUUCAUCGAAUGCAGGAACUUAACGGGCACCUUUCCCGACUACCCUGACGUAAAAGAUGGAGGUUCAGCGAUUAUUUUUUCGAAGAAGACCCCACAACAGGUUAUUGAUGAUACUAUGGCAAACCAAAAAGAAGAGGAAAAAAACGAAAAGAAGAAAAAGGAAAAGAAAGCCAAAAAAGAAACAAGAAAGAAAGAAAGAAAGGGAAAAAAUAAGGAAGAAGACGAGGGGUGGAAAAUGUCAUCGAGUGUUUUCCUUCAUACGAUGGAGGAAGGAAAUAACGUAUACAAAGACAUAUGGAAGAAUAAAGACGAGUCGGGGAAUUUCCCUCAGGACUAUGACCGAGAAAUGAUCAAAGAAGAGAAACGGAAAGAACUGGAGUCAGAGAUCAGGGUGCAGGUUGAUGAGUUGAUGAGACAGGAACUGAAAAACUUAAAACUAGCUGUGAACAGAGAAAAGGAACUUCCGGCCAAAAUGAGAAAGAAGAAAGGAGGUAAAAAUAAAGAGAAAGGGAAGAAAGGCAAAAAAGAGAAAAAGGGGAAAGAUAAGGAUCUGACAGCUGACAGGUCCAUUGAAUCUCUGUACAAGGAGCUGGUGGAGGAAGGACUCCUGAUCCAGUCUCUGAAAGUCAACCUCUCCGAUUACAUCGGUGAGUACAGCUACCUGGGAACCAGUCUUCGCCAGGUAGCCAUAGAACCCAUGCCUUCCCUCCUGGAUGUCAGACAGCUCAUCGCCCUGUACGGGAUCUUGCCACUAGGUUCCGCAGCAGUGCACGAGAAAGCCCCUUUGGUGAGGUCCCUGCUGCUGGCCGGGCCGUCGGGGGUCGGGAAGAAAAUGCUGGUCCAUGCCAUCUGUACCGAAACGGGCGCCAACCUCUUCAACUUGUCUGCAGCUAACAUCGCCGGCAAGUACCCGGGCAAAAGCGGCCUCCAAAUGAUGCUACAUGUGGUCCUCAAGGUGGCCCGACAGCUCCAGCCAUCUGUGGUGUGGAUCGGAGACACAGAGAAAACCUUCUACAGAAAGGUUCCCAGCGCCGAGAGGAAGAUGGAGCCUAAACGCCUGAAACAACAGCUUCCCAAAAUCCUGAAACUCCUGAAACCAAAUGACAGGAUUCUGAUUGUGGGGACCACACACCGUCCUUUCGAUGCUGAACUUCGAUCUUUUUGCAGAGUUUACCAAAAAAUUAUCUUGGUUCCCAGACCAGACUACGCUUCCAGAUACGUUCUGUGGAAGCAGAUCAUUCAGCGCAGUGGGGGAGUCAUUACAAACGCCUUGAAUGUGAGUUGUCUGGCAAAGGUCACCGACGGCUUCACGCAGGGACACAUAGUGGAAGUGGUGAAAGGUGUGCUCACAGACCGGAGGAUCCGGCAGCAGACUCAAAAGCCGCUGGUCGCCCUGGAGUUUGUCGCAGCUCUAAGCAGCAUGAACCCAGUGUACCAGGAGGAAGAAGAGAGCUUUAAGAACUGGUAUGCCAAAACCCCUAUGGGUAAAAAGCGCAACUUGGCAUUAACAGAAGGGAACGCAGAAAAGGAAAGGGAUAAGGGGGGAAAGAAAGGGAAAAAGGAGAAAAAGAAAAAGUAAUGCCUUUCUGAGGAGCGUCCGUGAGUCUCUCUCGGGGAUGGAGAUGGCACGUGUCUCCAUGGAAAAGAUUCGCCUUUGCCUGUCGGAAGAAGACCCAAGCUGACGCCGCCAACUUCUCAGCCUCUGAAUUUGCUCAGCUAGACCUUUGCAGGCUGUACAUCAAGUUAGUUGUCCAUACAAUUGUUUCUAGGGCUUGUCAUUGUUUUUCAAUCUAUGUAAAAUUUGUACAUACCCGAAAUUCACUCUUCACACACUCCACAAUAUUUUCAAGUUCCAUACAUCAUCUCAUCUGUCCUAGUUGCCGAAUUUAAAACUUGAUAGUUAGAAAAGAACUCUUGUUAGACAACUAGUAAGUGACUUGAGUCUAUCGCCAGCACACUAGCUUUUUACUAACCCCUGUAGACUGUAUAUUA